AUGGACUCUGGUGUUUGUAAGUUGUUAAACAUAAGUUACCCAUACCUUUUGGGGCAUUAAAAUUGUGGGCCAAAAGGUAUGGGUAACAAUAAUGCUUUAUUAAAAUUACGUUAUCCAUAGCUUUUGGUUUGUUAAACUAACGGCAUUCAUAAUAUUUAAGCCAAUCUUUGACCUGUGAGCCACAUUACUAUAAACGCAAUCGUUUCCAGCUUCCGGUUAUCAUUCCCUCGACAGAAAAGCCUCGAUGAUCCCGUCUUCGUCCAUGGAGUUUGUCGAUCCAAACUAUUACCCAAAUUGUCCUCAAACACCUGUGACUGCGAUGGAGAACAUUCCGCCUUAUCAACAAACGUACCAGCAACUACCUUACAACCAGGCAGUUCAAUAUAACGGAUACAACACACCGUCCAAACAAAAAAGCCCUGGGCGAAGGUAUCCCCAAGGUUAUAUUACUCCACAACAACAGAUAAUUCAACAGCAGCAACAGAAGAUUGUAGGUCUUAUCUUAUUUAUGAAAAGAAGUUUAAAGAAACCUGAAUUAGAAACAAAAAUAUUUUUAAAAACUUACUUUAUGGUGGAACAAGGUAAAAUACACCUAACACAUCAAAAAAUAAAGCAACAGCUUACAAAAAAAGUAAAAAGCGGCAGCUAAGACAGCUAAAUUAACCUAACAGUUAAGUUUAAUCCUUUUAAAAUGAGGAUAUUUCUAAUAUUAAAAUUUUCUGAAAACGCGUUAUUUUAAUCCGAACUGCGCCCGCCUUUUUGCAACCCGCUUUUUUUAAUUAUUAUUUCCUCGAAAAAAAUAAAAUUCUUCGAAAAUUAGGUCCAAAAAUGUAUGCAACAAUGGGGAGCAACGAUUUUGAAGAGGUAAACUAUUAUAAAUUUAUUCUAUCAGGCUUGUUUAAAAGAAAAAUGAUAAUUUUUUCAGAGUAUGGACCAAUCGCCAUCGCUGGGAUUAGUGGGGCCUUUCCGGAAUUGGAACCUAGGUGAAAAUCCUAUGAAGAUGGGCCAAGGACCAUCAUCUGUACAUGGCUCCAGUAUGUCGCAAAUGUCGAUGAUGAGUCGCGCUUCACGGUUUUCAACGGUAUCAGUACGGACCGAUUAUGACGAAGCUACAUUGACGAUGCAAGAACAAUACAUUAACAUGAAUAUGAGCUUAACGCCGGAGCAAUUUGUGAAGCAGACCGAAUUUUUGGUACAAUACGGAUUCACUAAUGUGAGUACUUCUGCUCUUUUUUAAAAUGAUUUUAGACUUUCAAACAAAUUUUUAGGUAACAAAGUUUAUAAAAAUGUUAAUUUUCAGCCGGAUGUGGUACAAAACGUGUUCACGUUCUUAAAACGGAAUCAGCUUUUUAAUUUUGAGCCGAUAAUACCUUUGUGUGGCCAAUUGUACAUCAAAACGAUAAAAACUUUGCCUGGAGGGGAGGUAAGUUAAAGUUUAUUAUAAAAAAAUAUAAUUUUUUUUCUUAUAAAUUAUAAACAAGACAUGAUUUAUAAAUUGUAAGACGUAUAUUUGCACAUAUAAUGUAACUUUACUUUUUUAGGGACAACUACCGGCUACACCUGGCUUCUUUGCCAAUAUCUUUGGCAUAUUGUACUACCUUUUGAAGAUGCCACUAAUGAAAAAUCUAACAGAACAAUUGCUCAACAAAGAUUCAGACACAUUUUGCAAAAUCCUACGAAACAACUUGGCUCAGAAUCAGGAACAGAACACGUUUUGUCUGCGGAUUAUCUGCAACAUCUUGAGGCAACUUUUCCCUGGCGACAGUCGCAAACAAAGCUACCGAUUCCUUAACAAAUUGCCCAUCAAUCGUUUUGCCGACAAAUGCCGAGGGGAUAUUUGGAAAGUGAUUGUGACGAAUCUACUGUAUUAUUCUAAUCCAGGGGCUGCUAUUGAAGCCCUUAGGCUGAUUUUUAAGUCGGAGUCGAAGCCUGACAGAAGGAAUGGAUUAAUUGUAAGAUUUUUUUGUUUGUUGAGCGAUUUUUGCUGGUUUGUGGAAAUUUUUUUUGCUGUUUUUGGGUUUGAAAGGCAUAGCUUUUUUAAAAUGAGAUGGCUAGGUUUAACUGAUUUGAAUCUAAAAUAAUGUUAGGAAUCAUAAAGUAGCUUUUAGAUUAAUUUUAGGUAAAUUUUUAUUUUAUUUUAGACCCAAUUUGUCUAUGCCGGUGGAAAUCCAGGCUGUGGAGGUCUCUACCAGUUGCUACAGUGUCUUCAACCCGGCAAAUCAGAGGCUACGUUGUACAGUGCCGCUUACUUGAUCCUAGACUUGUUGAAUGACAACUCCAUUACCAAAAUAUUUAUUCAAUUAGAAGGUCUUGUAGCUGCUGGGUAUUACUUGGAACAUGAAUCUCCAUUGUUAGUUCGGAAAAUCGCUAGAAUUUUGCGAGACACCUCAAGUGAUGAGCUGAUUGAACGACAGGAUCGGGCAAAGAUGGAGAAUAUUAUAUUCAACGCGAUUUUGAACCUCGACGCUGGAGACAAAGUUUGUGUCGAACAUGUUACUGGAUUUCUGUGCAACGUCGCUAGGAUUUCUUGGGUUAAGGUAAGGUUUAGAGGUUGAAAUGAAGUUUUAGGCUAAAAAAUGAAUUUUAGGCUUAAAAGUCAAUUUUAGGCUUAGAAGUCAAUUUUAGGCUUAAAAAUUAAUUUGAGGCUUAAGAAAGUAAAUUUUAGGUGAAAAAAAAAUGAAUUUUAGGUUUAAAAGUCAAUUUCAGGCUUAAAAGUCAAUUUUAGGCUAAAAAAUGAAUUUUAGGCUUAGAAAUCAAUUUUAGCGAUAAUUUUUUAAAGUUUUAGGCUUAAAAUUUAAAGUUUAGGUUUAUAAAUCAAAUUUGGCUGAUAAACAUACUUUAAACUCAACUGAUUUAAAAUAUGCUUAUUUUUAAUACUUCUUUUCAUAUUUUAGGUAUAUUUGUGGAAAAGAAGCGCCGUUCACGACUUCUUGCGUGUCCUGGAUUUCGAGCUUGGCCACAAGUAUCUGAAAGACCCCGAAGCUGAAACAACUCGAUUGGAGACCAUCGACAAUCUCCUGGUGGCCGUGAAUGCCUUAAUGAACUGUCCCAUCAAUAGAAACAAUGAAGCCAACAACAAUUUGAUUCGGAUCGAAGAAGAAUCCUUUCAACGUCAACAGAUCGCCAAGUUCUUGUUUGUGGAUAACGAGUCCAGGUUCCAAGUAUUGGUCGGAGAGUUGUGGAGCCGGGCCGAAAGUGGUAAGAGCAUGGAAUGGAAAAAUGAGGACAUUGAGAUUCAAAGACAUAUUAUCAUGGUAGGUUUUUUAAUAUUAUACUAUUAAAAUUGCCCUUGAGGCACAGUUUUUAUACCUAAAAUUUCAGUUUUGAUUUCUUGUGGUUUGUAGGAAGGUUAAUACCAUUUUUUUGUUUUGUAAAGAAAGUUAUUGCCAUUUUAUGUUUUGUAAAGAAAGUUUUUCCAUUUUUUAUUUUGUAAAGAAAGUUUUGCCAUUUUUGGUUUUGUAAAGAAAGCUUUUACCAUUUUAUAUUUGGUAAACAAAGUUCUUACCAUUUUUUACACUGUAAAUGAAGUUCUUGUCAUUACCUACCCUAAUUUUUCAGCUCCAAACUCACUUCUUGAACUACUUCCCGGACCGAUACGUCUUCUACGCCUGCCCAAUCAGCCCGAUCAACAUCACCGUGGUCCAAAUUAUCGUAUCCGUACUGCAUGCUACAGUAUGCCAGUUAUUCAACACACACAACAGGGACGAAACCAAGAUGAAUUCGUUCGAAAUCAACAAGAAACGAGAACGAAUGUUCAGGUUGACCAAUCUAUCGGAACGAUCAAUUCAAUUCCUGGCUCAAAUCAUCGAUUCACACCAGAGUUUGAUACCUAGUUUGAACGAAUGUGCGACAGAAAUCAUUGAUAUGACCAACCGGACGAGUAAUGUAUUCAAUUUGGCUCGUGAAACGUAUAUGCAGACUUUGAAGCUGCAUUUUCAGAAGCACGAACGAGAUGAGGAUUAUGAUUAUAUAGAGUUUGAUAAGCCUAACCUCCUAUAG